AGUAUUUGACAGAUGUGAAGCUCGCACGCUGAGGGUGCAAGUGUCGACUUAACGGAAAUCCCGUGUGGUGUUUCAGAAUUUAACUCGCAUCCACUUUACGGUUAAUUUCAUAGACAGGCUGAAAGUUUGGUUGUCCCAAGAACAUCGAGACAGCGCGGCUUUCUCCGGUACUGCGAACAAGCUGGAUUCCCGCAGCUCUUCACCAUGUCUGGCGGGUUUUAGAUACUCCAUGGAGCAAGCAAACCUGUACGAGGUCGCCCCACGACCACUGAUGACCAGCCUUGUACAGAGCCAGCAAAACGCCUAUAUCUAUAAAGACACUGCGACCGCGGGAGACCUGAGCGAAAUCUGCGAGAACGAAAACUCAAUUGACAUCAGCGCGUACAUUGACCCGUCUGCCUUCAACGACGAAUUCCUGGCUGACUUAUUCCAUAACAGCUCCAAACAAGAAAAACUCAAGCUGGCGAGCGGAGAUUACGAUUACCCCCACGGCGCCAGUGGCACACCGGGGGCACCACAGAUGUACAGCUGUCUGAACAACUACGUGGAGUCUUCCAAACUGGAACCGAUCUACGACAGUCCGGCACGAAUGAGACCUGUAGCCAUCAAACAAGAGCCCCGAGAGGAUGAUGAGCUCGGCCACUCGAUGCCACCUACAUACCAUCACUCUCAACACCACCCGCCGCAUAUGUCUUACUUUCAGCAUCAGAUUGCGCACUGUGCGCAAACCACCAUGCAUCUCCAACCGGGACAUCCCACACCUCCCCCGACCCCCGUUCCUAGCCCGCACCACCAACACAACCACUUGCCUGGGGGCUCCAUGAAAAUGAGCGAUCGGGUGAAAUCCAAAAAACAGAUCGACAAGAGCAGCGUCGAGUAUCGGGUGAGGAGGGAGCGCAACAACGUUGCUGUACGCAAGAGCCGGGACAAGGCGAAAAUGCGCAACGCGGAGACGCAACAAAAAGUGAUCGAGCUGUCGGCGGAUAAUGAUAGACUGCGCAAGAGGGUUGAACACCUUUCACGAGAACUGGAGACGUUACGGGGCAUCUUCAGGCAGCUGCCCGACGGAUCGUUUGUUAAAGCCAUGGGAAACUGCGCCUAACGGGACCAAGAGCGGAGUGUGCUGGACUUUUGAAGUUUGUGUGAAUUUACGUCUGCUGGAUAAACCCUGACAGAUUCUGUUUCAAUAGGAGCCAGGCAGCUGCGGUAUACAUGUGCCUUUUGUACAAAACGAUAAGCUCAUCUUCUCACAUCUGAACUAUGGACUGAAUGGUUGUUGUAGGUGUGUAGUCCUAUUACGAAUGUGUGUUAGCUACACGAAACAUAUCAGUGCAGCUAAUAGGCAUGGUUUCACCUGUUAACUUACAAGUCUUCAUAAACCCCCUUUUGCGCCUUGACCCCUGGUUUAUAUUAUGGACAGCAACUGAACUACUUUUUUAAACAAAAUGCAGUGGAAAAACAUUCCUGCCAUUCGAGGUUGUAUACCACACCUGUUGCUGCAUAACGUUCACUGUAUGAUAUUGUUCAUUUAAUAUUUUUUCAGGGGAUGGGAAUGGGAUUGUUUUAUGGACGGCAAUAAACAAAAUGCCAAAGCAAAGGACUGGAACGCAUUGUUUUUUACUGUGGUAGGCCAUUUGUCAUGCAACUAUGUCGUGAAAAUGCAGCCUGAUGAAGCACAUUGUGAACAUUUUGCCAUGAUUCGGGUACUGAUCUGUAAAUGCCUGUCAGUAUACGCUUUUACAGUAAACGCUUUGUAUUUAUGCAAUAUUAUGAUUGAUAAAAAUGUGAAAGGGUGCAUAUUUCUAUGCAAUGUCUGUUGCUGUCAUUAGUUUUGAUUCCGGUGAAAGAUCACCGUGUGCUUUCUCACUGAUUUUGCAGUGAAGUCCUGUUUUGCUCUGUGUGCGCAUUUCAUGUGAACUGUUUAUUUCUUUUGUACAAGAACACUCGAGCAAGAGACCGGUUUCAGUGCCAUUUGAUUUUUCUUGUCUUUAUCGUCAUCACUGACUGAACAUUUGGAGAGAAAUACACAAGCAAGGAUAAGGAAGCACUUUUUUAAUAAACGGCAUAUUGAAAAUGUAAUACAAAUGUUUAAAUACGUCUCAGUUUUAAAAUGAACAUUAUAUAUAUAAAUAUAUAUAUAUAUAUGCCAAGAAUUAUGAAUUAAAAAUAUUGUCUUACUUA